CAAAUGUGAUUUGAAGAUGGCGAUACAAGAGUAGGAUUGAGCGGACGCUUCGCAAAGAAGCUUCCUUCUUGCAGUGUUAAUUAAAAUUCCAAGCCCAGUUGUACAUGAAUGUGAACGAACAAGAGAUUCGCAUCGGUUAAGCGACGAAAUCUCGCGAUACGUGUAUACGUAUGUAUGAACCGUCUCUCUUUCCAGACUGGGAAGUUCAAUGCGGCGCAUAAGCAUGUGUCACGUCGCGAUGAAACAAGAGCAGGAGUUCUAUAAUGGUGGAGGGUUCUUCGCUUUUCGUGCUAAUCAAGGGAACAAUUCAAAGGGGAGAGGCCUAAGACUACUAACACAAUUUACUAAUCGGAACGGAAAGAAAUUAUUUGUAUUGAUAUACAAAUAUAUCUUUAUCUGUGAUCGCGAAAUAAAAGGAAAACAAACGAAAGACAGAGAAUUGCAAAAAAAUCAAACAGUACUCUGGUUCACACAAAGUUAACAUACAUACGAUCUAGUCAAGAAAGGAAGACUUACUUCUUAAAGAGAAAAUUAUGACGCUUUGAAAUAAUGAUGAUACAAUGAAUUCGAAAUAUGCAAGCGAAAAAUAUAAAAACACAAUAAGCAAUUGAACUAUGAAUUUUGUCAAAAUUCUAUUCCGAAAGUAUUCCGAACAAAGAAGAUUGCGUUUAUUAGAAAAUUGAGGAUCGCGCAUGGGUAUUACGAAUAACAUCAAAGAUAAUUCAAUUGUAAUAAAAUAUUAAUAAUGUAUCGAUCACAUUGGAAUUUAUUACCAAAAAAAAAAAAAUGUAUUACCAAAGAAACAUUUAAUCGAAUGCUUUAAGAAUAUACGUAGUGGAAUAUAUGUAAACGCAACUAAUUCUAAUAACACUGAUCAAAGUUUUAUUGUUAUUAACGACAAACGAUACCAAAUUAGACUUAAUAUAAAAUUAUAAAAAAAGUUAAAGAAUAGAAAAUUUGAUCGAUACAAAAAAGAUCGAGUACAAUUGAUGGUGUAUUGAAGAUUUAUCUAUCGACAAUUAUGUAUACAUACAAAAUCUUGACAAACGUAUAUUUAUAUAUACGUAUAGAUUUAAGUAUAAAAAAAGAAUGAUCUUUUCAUUCAUAUCAAAUACGAUUAACAUAGUUGAUUUGAUACGUGUUAUCAUACGUGUUCAACAAAUAAACAAAAACGAGGAAGAGAGACAGCGGGGGAGGGAGGGAGAGAGAGAAGGAAGCAAGAAGCGAGAAAAAAAGAGAAAGAGAAAGAGACUUUUUCAUCAGUGAUCUAUUCGUUACUAUUCGUUGAAUAAGUGGACAAAAAAAUAAAAAAUAAGAAUAACUUAAUCUCGAAGAAAUUAAAUAUCAUAAUAGAGAAUAAGAGAUAGAAAAAAUAUAGAAAAAAAAUAAAGUCUAUAAUUUGUAGUUUAAUGCAAAAAAAUUAUCGUGUUAUAAUGGAUAUAGUACGAAGAUGUCAAAGAUGGUGAAAAUGAUUCGUCAUAGAUUCGUCUAUAUUGGAUGAAACGAACAAAUAUUUCAUUAAAAAUUAUAAAUAUUACUAAGAGUGGUGUAUAUCGAAGCUGAAAUAAUUAUAAGAGCUGUGAGUUUUUUUCGAAAAAUUUUAUACGAAAAAUAAUAAUAUAAUUUCUUAAUCACGCUGAUAAAUAAUUAUCGUAUUAAAGAAAGAGAUAAUAACAAUUAUCUUGAAAAAAAUAAUAAAAAAGAAAGAUGAGAGACCGUAGACGAAGAGAAAAUUGAAGAAGGAGAAUUGGAAGAACGAAAGAAAUAUGGAAAGAGUCUGAAGCAGUGUAGAGAGGGUGUCUGGAUGAGCGGAGGGGUAAAAUUUAGACCGAUAUCGACCGCGAAUUGCGCUUGCGUGGAAAAAGGCGCGCAAUCGCUGUUGAGAAAGCAACGUACUGCCGCGAGGAAGAGGCAGUCAGUCGAUUGUCGCGACGACCAUCAUCGACGAGUAACAAUCUCUGUCGUUUUAUCGUUGUUUCUUUAUAUAGCCGAGGUGGUUAUUAUUUCGUAUUCAAUAUUCCUUCUUGCAUCAAUAUCGAUUAUUUUUUUGAUCAAAAGCAUAAAUUUUGCUUGUCUAUAUACUCAGUAUGCAGAACGAUUUUUUUUUUGUAAACACACAGCUAAAUUUCUCAAUUCGCGUAAUUAAUAAACUAUUUCUCUUUAACUAUCGCUUUUAAUGCUACUCCACUUCUUUCGACAUCCUUGCAACGGUCUCGGUGAUUCCAAUGCGCGCACCGUCGAAACGCGCAUUUGAAAGCUAGCAUAUGAAAAAGGAAAUUGUUAUUAAUAAAUAUGCAUCAGAGUCGUAAGUAAGAAAGAGAAUAGAUCGCGAUCACCUAUUUCUACAAGAUUAAUUUCUCUCUUUUUCCCUCUUUCUUCAAUUUGCUUCUUCAGUUUUUUCCUUUCUGCGUUUUGAUAAACUGUGUAGAAUUGGAAAACAUAAACUAUAAUAUUUGCAAUAUUCGCAAAAUUUACAUUAAUUUCACUAUAAAUAAGAAUAAAUAUUAAUAUAAAAAGUUAAUAUAGAAAAUUGUACGACAAGAACAAAAAAAGAGUAAGGUAGAGAGAAAGAGAGAGAGAGAGAGAGAGAGAGAGAGAGAGAGAGAGAGGAGGGAGGAAGGAAAGGAGGGGGAGAAAGAAAAGGAAAAAGAAAAUAUCGAUACAAUAAGAAUAUGAUAUCUGAUUGUUGUUACUUUAUAUACGCAUUUCAUUGUUUCUUUUGUUCUUAACUUUUAUUAUAAGAAACAGAUCAGAAACAUUUCUUAGAAAUUAAAAUAAAACAUUUUCAAAAUUAAAAUGAAUGCGUUCUACGACUUUAAGAUUUACCGCGAAUAAUAAGAAUCGCGAUUACAUUGAGAGAGAAAGAGAGAGAGAGGGGAAAGAAAAAGAAAGAAACAGUGAGUAAGAAAUUGCGAAUAUUUGGGUAAUAAGAUAAAAAAAAAUAAGUUAAAUGGCUACGCUUAAUAUGCAACAAGAUAUUUUAAAUCAAGUAACUGGAAGCGAUCAACAACAAGAGGAAAUUCAACUGACAGAAUUAUUACCAGUGAAACAAUCACGAAUCAGAGAGAAUGAAAUUUUUAAAGAUACAGAUGCGAAUGUUGAUACGACCGAUGCUUUAAAGAUACUUCGAAGUUUUACCAUCGUGGACAAUUGUUGCAACGAUGAUGAACAUAAGCUUUGUUCGGUCAAUUUAUCUUUUUGUAGAAAAAUCGAUCAAUAUGAGCGAGAAAAAUUACAAGACAAUUACAAACAAUUAUUUGAAGGUAAUCUGCAAAAGAAGAUUUGCGAAUAUGAUAAAAAAAAUGUAAUUGAUAAGCCCGAAAUUGGAAAAGAAAAAGAGAAACACAACGUCCAAAGAUUUGAAAAUGAAUCAAAUAUAGGAAAAAGAAAACGCAAACAAAUCGAUAAAAAAUCGAUGAUUGGAGAUGUAAUAAAAUCCACAAAGAAAAGAGCAAUUAUCGAUUCAAUAAAAAAUAAUAAAAAAGAAAAAAGUGAAGAAAAUGGCAACGCAAGGUCAAGGAAUCGGUUAAAAUUACGAGAAAAUUCAUAUCUCGAAAAUGAAAAAGGGAUUAACGAACAAAUAGAAUCAACGACUUAUUUAGAUCUUGACAAGAAUAAUCAUUUAAAUGAUGAGAUUUACGUGUUUCGUCGUGAGUUGAUAGACGAAGAACAGGAACCUAACCUAAAUUCGAAAAAUAUAGAGGGAACGUGCAAAAAUGCCAAUUAUACUAAUACUACCGAUGGAAUAUUAUUCGAUCGAGUAGCAAUUUCUAGCGAAAUAACGGACAAAAAUAAUAUUGAUGAAGCCGCCAAACAACUUAUCGCCGUUACUAUUGAAGAAAAUUGCAUAUUUAAUGAAAAAGUAGCAAAUUCGAAAAUAUUGCUCGAGAAUUCAUCGAAAGAAACAAAGUUAAAUUUAUAUACAACAACGAUGAAUUAUCUCGUAGACAGUGAAAACAAUAAUACGAUGGAAUCAAGUCGAUUCAAAGUCGGAGAAACUCAUACGAAUCCAUCGUAUGGAUCAGAUAUCUCUAAGAACAUAGUUGUUAUCGAAUCGUCAUCAUCGUCAUCGUCGUCGUCGUCGUCGUCGUCAUCGUCAUCGUCAUCGUCAUUAUCAUGCUCAUCAUCAUUGUCAUCGUCAUUAUUGUCGUCGUCACUCUCAUAUUCAAAAAAAAAGAAUAUGAAUGAUAACGAGGAUGGACAAGACGAGGACGAAAAGAUUGAUAUCAAAGCUAAAGAAGAAAAUCAGCAAAAAAAAUACUGUUGCGUAGUUUGCGAGGCGCGAUUUAAAGGUAGCGGAGGUCUUCGUAAUCAUUAUAAGAUCGUACAUGGAGCGGGACCUAUCUUUAAAUGUGACGAGUGUGGCAAAGAAUUCCCUUUAAAAGAAAGAUUGAAACUACACGUUAGAACACAUACCGGAUUCAAGCCGUAUAAAUGUCCAGAAUGUGACAAAAGUUUUGCCAGAGGAGGACAAUUGGUGCAGCAUCGGCGUACUCACAGUCAAGUGAAACCGUACCGUUGCGGUUUAUGUUCUGGCACGUUUACCUGUGCCGCGAAUUUGGCAUUGCACGUAAAACGACACAAUGGUCAAAAAGAUCAUAAAUGUGAGAUUUGUGGUCGUGCGUUCGUUCGUCGAGACGCACUCAAAAAACAUCUCGAAUGCCUUCAUAGAGAUGUAAAAUCUUUUCUCUGCGUGAUAUGUAACAAAACUUUUAAGGGCCACCUACCUCAACACAUGAGAACGCAUGCGCGCGAUCGGCCACAUGGUUGCGCUACGUGUGGUCAAAGAUUCGCUCAAAAAUCUCAACUGACCGUCCAUCAAAGAACACAUUCAGGACAAAGACCAUUCAGAUGUUUGGUUUGUUGGCAGGCAUUUGCACAUUCAACGGCUCUUAAACUUCAUACAAGAAGACAUACCGGUGAAAGGCCGUUUAAAUGUGCCGAAUGUAACGCCGGUUUUACACAACUACCCCACUGGAAGAAGCAUAUGAAAUGCAUCCACGGCCGAAAUGAGCCAUACGCUUGCAAAAAGUGUAAGAGUUUCUUUAGAAUCAAAAACGAUUUGGAAUGUCACGAGAAAACCUGUCAUCCUGAAUCUAAAAGUGAACAUGACGUUUCGAAUAAUCGAACAGAUUCCAUAACGACAACGAUAAUACCGACAACAUCAGUUUCGAUGACCUUACAAUCGACAACGUCGUCCCUGCUCUCCAAUGAAAUAAUCACCGACAAAUCUUCCUCCCUCCCCUCCAAAUAUAAAAUAAUGUCUGUCGAGAGGAUGAGAUUGUUGCUCGCUGUACUUCUUAAGAGGAUUAGCAAACAAGAAAGAUUGGACGAAUUAGGGUUUGGGAAACGAUUAAUCGACGAGGUUCUUUAUGAUUCUUUGUUAUCUGCUGGCAAAGAUCCGGUCGUGAGUAACGGUCUUUCGGAACUCGAAACUCUCACCAAGAAUCUCGAGAUAUUUCUCAAGUGGACCGUACCCAAAGAACAUUGGGAACAUUUUCGCAAGUUGAAUAAAACACCCGAAGAUAUUCUGGAAACACUUACCGCUACUUAAAUAAAACUCCUAGUUAUUUCAAUCAUUUAAUCAUAUAUGGCUAACGCUAUUAAAUAUUUACCAAA